AUGGACAGCCAUUCAUAUAGUGGAUUUAAUGCUUCUGGCUCGAGCUUUCUGCAAGAGCUAACUGUCGAAGACCCUACAAAGGAUGUCUACGCAGGCAGUCAAGUCCCACAGCAACGUCCAUAUCAAGCCUUCCAGGACCCUAAUUCUGGACAUUACUCGACACCUUCAAAUGUGUCUCCUGGCUCCUACUACAAUGGCCAGUACAAUGUGGAUCCGUAUUAUUUCAACCACCCUAUUUAUCCUCAGAGAGGCAAAUACCCGGAAAACUACGUGACUGUGCCAAUAUCUUCUCAACCAAGUGCUAAUUCUCAGGUGGCGCCGAGAUCGGCUUCUGGCCAGUCUUCAAUGAGUGCCAGUUGGGCCGAAAGUCAGCAGCCACCACAGUACCAAUCCGACCACUACACACCUCAAUCUACAUUCCAUUCCAGCGGUAGCAGUAGUAGAAUGUCCGUCACCAAUUACCCUUCAGGUCAUAUGGCUCCGGUAGGUGGCUCGUCUACACACCAGUCAUAUCAGGAUUCUGCCGUCAAUCCCUACCAAGUCGCACCGGGGCCAUAUUGCCACAGCGGAAUGCCACCAAACGCUUAUACUGGUCUCUCACCACCACCCCAACAACAACAACCUCCAACGCACUCACUGUCCAUCAAUGGCGAACCAAUGAAUCCAUAUGCUCAGCAGUCCAGGAUUUCACCAAAUACUCCUCGUCAACAGCUGCCAAAAACGGUGGCUAAACGUCCCCCAAAGCCACGUGGUAGUGGACCCGUUGUUAAGUCACCGUAUUCCCAAAACCCGAUGUAUGAACCAGCCGCUCUGGAGCGUUUUGUUAACACUCAGUGUCCCCCAAACGUGAUAUCCGUUGGUCCUACCAACGAGGUUUCUUCCCACUCUUUAUCUCUUCCACCUCAACCACAACAGCCGCCACUACCACCUACAUCAAUUAACAGCCUGCAAGUCUGUCUCUCGAUGGAACCGCCGCCUCACGUUUCUUCUCCCAUUGAAAGUCGCUGCCAAACAGUUAAUAAGCCCAAACCUGUGUCACCAGCGCUAGUGGAGAGGGAGGAGGGUCCGGCGGUUAGCCAGGCUUUGAACACGAGUCCACUUCGUGUCAAGUCACCCCAGUUGAGGAUCCCACCCUUCCAACCCUGCGCCAACACUUCGAGUCUGCCUCCAUCCCACAUUUUACCUCCUCUUACUUCUCAGUCAGCGAGCUCUGUUGUUAGCUCUCCGCAGGCUGCCGCAUUUUCUCCUCGUUUGGAACAGGUACCCGAGGGUAGCCCUCAACCACCAAGUCUGAAAUCACCCCUUCCACUUCGAAGUCCUCCAGCAUCUUCCAGCAACGAUAACCUACCUCCAAUCCUUCCGAAAGAGCCGUCAGAGGUGGGAGAGGAUUUGAUGGAGGAAAUUAAGCCAACGGGACUCUGCAGCGCGGAGCAGCCAGUACCUAGUGAAAAUGUAAUUCCUGGUCUAUCCAAGUCCAAUCUCGAAGCUGACAGGAGCCCACAGAAGCGACUACGCGGACGCAAACGUAAGAUGGAACAGUCGGAAGGCAAGGGUGAUGCGGAUCCUUCAAAACUACCCCCCUCUAUUACGGAGAAAAAAAGGCCCUUUAAAGCGACUGGUAGCACAGGGAGGCGGAGAGGUAGUCCCCUGCCCUCCAGUGGUGCGAAGCGUUCACGCCGGAAGACGGUGCCUUCGAAGGCUGUAGUGAACUACGAUUUGGAUGCUAAUAAACGGGGGAUUGAGGCUGAGGAUUUGGAUAAAUCAAGUUUUUCUGAGGCUAAGGCUUCCAUGAUAUUGGAAGGUGAUGAUGACGAGGAUACAAUGGCUGCUUCGGUGGCCUUAACUGAAGUGGACGAGGAAUCGGUUACUGCAACUACGACGACAACUACCGAGGAGACUACGGAGGUUUUCUUGAAGCGUCCAAGGCCACCACCGCGUCUGCGAGCUUCACGACCAAAGAAGAAGAAGAAAUCUUUGAAAUCUUUGAUGAAGAAAAAGCGACGCGGAGCAUACCAUUAUGGUGACGAGUCAGACGGUUCGGAUUCGGAUGAUGAUGGUGGUGGGUGCUCAUCACGUGCUGCUCUCCAUCCAGUCGCCUCCUCACACAGUAUUAAUUCCCAACUCGAUGAUGAAAAUUCCCUUGAUUCCUCUGCUCGACGGUCAGGCAGACGAGGGACGGAUCGAAAGAAGUACACCAUCGAUAGUGUCGAUUUCGGUCUAUCGGACGAUGGCGACGGUGAAGGAGGCGAUUCAGCCGAUGCGUCUGACAAUGAGACCGUGGAGGGUUCUGGAAGGCGAUCUGGCGCUGAUUUUGUUGUCGUGAAGGUGGUUGAGAAAAUUCUCGGGCAUCGGAUGUCAACACGACCCGUGAAGAAACUGCAGAAGGGCCAAAGGUGUGUUUCUCCAAAGAGGGACCAUCCAAAUCCUGAUAUGCGUGAAAUGAAUCCCUCCGUUAAAAAGGAUGAUGGGAAAGUAAAGGAGGCAGAGCAUCGAAUGGAUAGAGAUCAGCAACAUCAGGAAAAGGCAGAGGUGGAGGAAGAAGAGGAAGAGGAGGAGCAAGUUGAAGAGUUUUACCUAAAAUAUAAGGGAUUCUCUUACAUGCAUUGUGAGUGGAAGGCUCUGGAUGAGAUCGCAGACCCGCGUAUCGCGACGAAAUUAAAAAAGUUCUUAGCCAAGAACGGCACGGAACCCCUUCCACCGCCAAGCGCGGACGAUGACGAUGGCACGACGGUACUCUUCAAUCCCGAUUAUGUGGAGGUAGAUCGUGUUCUCGACAUCCGCAUCUACGAUCGCACGCAAGACGAAGCUCCAACCCUGAAUGAUGAACAACCUGCAACAGUCACUUACUACCUCGUAAAGUGGCGAUCUUUGCCUUAUGAAGACGCUACUUGGGAGCUAGCUGAAGAUGUUGACCCUGCCAAAGUCAGGGAGUACAUGCGCAUUAGGAAUCCACCUAAGAACCCUCCCGUUAUUCGUGAUAGCAAUCACAAGAUUAUUCGACCGGACCCCUCCGUGUGGCGUCCAAUCACUGAGGACGAGGUAUAUCGCAACGACAACCGGUUACGUGAAUACCAAGUUGAGGGAGUUAACUGGCUGUCCUUCUGCUGGUAUAACAAACGAAACUGUAUUCUGGCUGACGAGAUGGGUUUGGGCAAAACGGUCCAGUCCAUAGCUUUCCUCUUGGAAGUGAUCAAAGCUGGCGUUGCCGGACCUUUCCUUAUCAUUGUGCCUCUCUCCACUGUGGGCAAUUGGCAACGUGAAUUCGAAAACUGGUCGGACCUCAACACCAUUGUCUACCACGGCAGUGCGGUCAGUCGGAGCAUGAUUCAGGAGUACGAGCUUUUCUACCAUCGGAAGAAAGCCGCCGGUGGUUCUGUCGCCGCUCUAUCAGUCGCCAGUAACAACCUCUUCAGUUCCCAGUACCGUCACGAUGUCUACAAAUUCAAUGCUCUUAUCACCACUUUCGAGGUACUUAUGUCGGACAUCGAGUUUUUCGGCAAGAUGCACUGGGCUGUGGCCAUCAUUGACGAGGCGCACCGACUAAAGAAUAAAAAGUGCAAACUUGGUGAGGGGCUGCGUUAUCUCGAUCUGGACCAUCGAGUGCUGUUGACGGGAACACCAUUGCAGAACAACGUGGAGGAGUUAUUUGGUCUCUUAAACUUCCUUGAACCGGAACGGUUUGCUUGUGCUUCCACAUUCUUGGCGGAGUUUGGUGAGCUGAAGACAGAACAACAGGUGGAAGAUUUGAAGACCCUUCUCAAGCCCAUGAUGCUUCGACGGUUGAAGGAAGACGUAGAAAAGGGUCUUGCUCCCAAAGAGGAAACCAUCAUCGAGGUGGAACUGACAAAUCUUCAAAAGAAGUACUAUCGGGCGAUAAUGGAGCGAAAUUUCACCUUUCUCUGCAAAGGCACUACGGCUUCUAACAUGCCAAACCUCAUGAAUGUGAUGAUGGAACUUCGGAAGUGCUGUAACCAUCCUUUUCUUAUCAAAGGGGCUGAAGAGGCUAUUCUUGCUGAACAGCGAGUUCUGGCUGAAGCGGAUCCCUCAAAACCCUACAAUGAGGAGCAGCAAAUGUUCAACGUUAUGUUGAAUGCUUCAGGCAAACUAGUGCUCAUUCACAAGCUGCUGCCAAAGCUGAAGGCCGGUGGGCACAAGGUGUUGGUCUUCUCACAGAUGAUUCGUGUUUUGGACAUUCUGGAGGACUAUCUGGUCUACCAGGGCUUCAGCUUUGAGCGCAUUGAUGGACGCAUCCAUGGACUGCUGCGGCAAGAGGCGAUCGAUCGUUUCUGCAAUGAUCCCGAUAAGUUCGUCUUUCUGUUGUGCACCAAAGCUGGAGGUUUAGGCAUUAAUCUAACAGCGGCUGAUGUAGUGAUAAUCUAUGAUUCCGACUGGAAUCCACAAAAUGAUCUUCAAGCUCAGGCACGCUGCCACCGUAUCGGUCAGCAGAAAAUGGUAAAAGUCUACCGUCUCAUCACACGCAAUACCUAUGAGCGGGAGAUGUUCGAUCGAGCGUCGUUGAAGUUGGGUCUGGACAAGGCAGUUCUCCAAUCAACUGGUGCUCACGCCAGACAAGCACAGUUGAGCAAGAAAGAGGUGGAGGAACUUCUCAAGAAGGGUGCUUAUGGCGCCCUCAUGGAUGAUGAUAAGGCUGGUGAUGACUUUUGUGAAGAGGACAUCGACCAAAUUCUCCAAUCACGAUCUCAUGUUGUACAACUGGAACAGGGAGAAAAGAAUUCGACCUUCUCAAAGGCCACUUUCUCCAUCUCUGAUAAUCGAAACGACAUCGCGUUGGAUGAUCCCGACUUCUGGCAGAAAUGGGCCAAAAAGGCUGGUGUGGAAGAAGUUGGCCUGGAAUUCGAGGAUCUGAUAAUGACAACACCACGCCAGCGUCGUCAAACGCAUCGCUACACGGCCGAACUGAAUGAACAGCAGUCGAGCAGCAGCCUGACGCACUCGCAAUGCGCCUCGCGUCUACCCAACGGCAACAACGGCGGGGGCAGCAACGCUGAGUCCACUGACGGCGAAAACAGCUCAGGCGAGAGUUCUUGUGCUGACGACGACGGUGGAGACUCCAGGGCUAGCGGAACCACCAUUGGCAACAUUGUCCCCUCGUCUAAGCCGAAGCACAAGAAGAGCAAGAAGUCCCGUCGAAACGAGGAGGGUAUUGGGGAGUCUAUUGAUCGAGUAGAUCUCUUCCGGGUGGAGAAAUGUCUCUUCACGUGGAGUUGGGGACGGUGGGCCCAUGCCAUCGAUUGCUUUCCCUUCAAGCGAGUCAUAUCGGAGAUGGAGAUGCAGCGAAUUGCUCGAUGUAUCCUUGGCUAUGCUCUGAAGGUAACACCGGCAUUGACUAGCGGUGGGGAUGCGAAAGUGCGUGCAGUGGUCAUGGAAAUGAUAAAUUCCGUCGAUGUGAAUGGUCUUCGGACUAUCGCAGAUGUAGUUCAAUCUUUAAAGGCUUCCAACAGUGAGGUGUCGUUGAGGGGACCUGGAGGUAUCAGUUCUACCACUAGUGGUUGUGGUUUUGUGGUUCGACGUGGCAGGCGAGCCGGAUUGAGAAUAGGAGGUCUUGGGACGGAUUCUCCAAAUGAUCCAAGCACUCCCACUACUCCAACUAUGCUCAACUUUGACAUGGAUCCUGCUUCUACUGCGGACACUCCGAAACAGGAAGACCACACACAGGAUGUCUCCAAAAGAGAGGAGGAUUUGGAUCAAGUUGACUUUGGGAUUACGAGUGACUCUUUCAAACGUCACUUGGUGCGAGCUGGAGGUCGUUUGUUGGCGAGGGUCUACACCCUUUACUUCCUCCACACGGAAAUUGUCGGUCUGGAACAUGCGGACGGUCUCUGUGAUGGAUCCCUUGACCACUCUGUUUUCACACAAUUAGCAGAAAGUCUUCCCCCUCUCAAAGCUCUGGAUGCCGACGUGCCAGCAGAUUGGUGGGACUCAUGUUGCGACAAGUGUCUUCUCCUUGGCGUUUUCAAACACGGAUGGGAGAAGUACUUUGCAAUUCGUGAUGAUCCCGCCUUCUGCUUCUAUCGCCGUGUCUAUGGUUCCAACGCGCCCACCAUUCCAAUCCCUUCCACAAUCGGUACUCUUAAGGGUGUUGCAGGCAUCAAGAUAAAAUCGGAGGAACAGGAGGAAGGCGGAGACUCAGAGCCGACGAUGAGGCCGGAGGAGACGGAGGAGGAAGAUGAUGACGAGAAGAUAUUGACUAUUGCUACUGACGACAUUACUGCCGUCACCUCAAGACCGAAAAGUGAGGUGACGAAAGCGGAGGUGGGCGAGGUUGAGACCGAGACGCAGCUUCCCCCACCCCUCCUCCUCUUCCCAGCUGUGGUCGAUCUUAAUAGUCGUAUGCGGAAGCUCAUCGCCUACUUUCAGCGGGUUCGAGCGCAGGUCGAACUGGAGUCGGUGCAUAAUCUUCGUUCCGAAUGCAUUCCCUCCGUUACUACACAGCCGUACUUAGAGCAACGGAUCAUAAAGUGGUCUCGCCGAGAGGAGGCCGAUUUCUACCGUGUGGUUUCAAGUUUUGGAGUGGAGCAAGUACUCCGCAGCCCUCCCCACUCACCAACCUCAUCGCGACGACCAGGUGGUGGUCGUGUGUUUAUAGGCUACAAUUGGACUAACUUCAAGGUGCUUGCAAACCUCUCGAAGAAGUCUGAUCAAGCUAUCACUGAAUACUACAAUUCAUUCCUCACCAUGUGCCAUCGCGUCUGCAAUGAGCCUCUUCCAGAAGGUAUGCCAGCGCCAGUGUGUUCGCUGCCAACGACCACGACUUACGGCUCCUGCCCCGCCGAUGAGGUGAUACCCGUGGCGCCCAUCUCUGAGGAGCGUGCAACGCGUACUCUUUCACGGAUCAAGCUGCUCAAUCGCAUUCGUAACACCAUCCUCACACACGAACAUCUGGAGGAGCGUUUGACACUUUGCCAACGAUCCUCCGACCUGCCCGAGUGGUGGGUGCCCGGGCAACAUGACCGAGAACUCCUUCAAGCGGUGGCUAGACAUGGCUUAGCGCGAACGGACUUGAACAUCCUUCCUGACAAAAAGUUCAGUUUUUCACGCGUCUCGGCUCUGGUUCGACGUCAGUUGUUGAAAAAUCCUUCGGCUCUUCAUGGAGUGACGCCACCUACAGCGGGCACAUCCACGGACACAACCCUCGGCGGUCCCUUGAGUGUUAGCGAGGUGGAAGCGCGAGCCAGCUUGGCUGCUGCGGCUUCCGUCGCUGCCCGAGCAGUUGCAGCCGAAUUAGAAGCCAAAAUCGAUGCUGCAAAUGUUCCCCGAACCGAAGGUUCAUUGUCCUUUGGAACGACAAGAAAAGAAUCUGAAAAUCAGGGGAAUCCGGUAGAAGACCAAUCUGAAAAUGGGGCUUUUGAAGGCCGCACCAAUAUCGUCACUUCCUCUGAACCCAAUCCCGAGUCCCCAUCGUUCGACACAAAGCCCAUAAACAACGAACACUUCAGGUGGUCCCUCCAAUUCGCUACUAGCCUGGCCGUGGGCUGGCCUAAAGAUCGCGCUAUCCACAACCGUUUGGAGAUGGUCUGCCAAUGCAUUGAGACGGGUCAUUGGCCUCUGCCCCGACGCUACAUCCUCAAUAAUGUGGAGGAGCUAGGUCGAUACCACCUCACUGAUUCCACCGGUGGAGGCAGUCGUGACGCCUCUCCAGCCCCUCCAAGUUCACCCGACAUCUCAACUCAGAAAAAAGCCCUAACUUCUGCCGAAGCAGCCACGUUGGCCGCUCUUUCGGCCGCCGGAUACACCAGCAUCGAUCAGGUUCUCGCAUUUCAAGCGGCUGUGGCAGCAAACGCUGCCGCUGCUGCUGCUGGAGGUCAUCAGUCUGAUAUCGGUGCUGGCACGCAGGCAGCACCCACCGCAGUCUCCUCUCGUGGUGGAAGGGGUGGUGGUCGUGGUUCUCGGGGAGGUCGUGGACGUGGUCGUGGUUCUAGAGGCGGAGGAGGUGCGGGUGCCUACUCUCGUGAAGAUUUCGCUUCUGCGGCUUCGUUGGCAGCUGUGACUAAAAGUACGGAGAGUCCAUUACCAACUCGUGGAAGAGGUUCAAGAGGUGGUCAGAUGCUACCUCCACGUGGUUCUCCUGGUUCCACACGUGGCAGGAAACGAAAGUUCGAGACCACGGACACCAAAACGUCUCUUCCACCGCCGGAUUCUUCCGCCUGGGAGGUCAAUGUUCCUCUCAUCUCUCUGGUUAAUGGGAAUUUGAUCCACGGAGAGAAGGCACCAAAACGACGGCAUUUGGAAGCCUGGUUGGAGGCGCAUCCAGACUAUAUGCCGUAUUCCGUGGAGCCAGAGGAUCAAGUUAUUUUUAACCGGGUCGCAAAGGCUCGUGGACAGGAUACUUCAGCAAUGGAGGCGCUCGCAUAUCGUCACUACAUGUCCAGUGUGUUGAGCAAGGUGGCUAGUUAUGCUGCGAGUAGCAGUAGCCAGCGGCCGACUGCAUCUACCUCCACUGCUUCGGCCAGCGAGCUGAUGGAGCAUCAACAGAAGCAGCUGCUCGCUUUUGUCGCUGCCUCAGCCUAUUCGAGUAAUCCAGCCUAUGCGAGUUUGAUCGCUUCUGCGCUCGGUUAUUCCCAAGCAGCUGCGGCAGCAGCAACUUCCUCCGCUCCGUCCACCCAACAGAAAUCCAGUGAUACAGAGAAACCUUCCACUUCUAGUGAGACGAAAUCCUCGGCCUCAACUGCCUCUGAUCCGGUAACUAUAGAUGAUCAGGCAAAGCGGAGCGGUGGUGCGGAGGCGUCAUCGGUUCCCUCUGCGUCAACCUCAACCACUGCGACGAGUCAAUUGACACCGGAAAACUUGCAGUCGGUCCUGACGGCGUACCAACAAGCGGCGUCUUUUGUUGCCGCGGCCUACAUGUACAAUCCCUCCCUCUACGGUCAACACUUCAGCAGCGGAAGUAGCUCAACGAAUGCUACCGCCACUUCUGGUUCUACUCCUGCUUCAUCAUCGAGCGCAACAGCAACAGGAUCAUCGGACGCAUUUCAGCGUCAGCAGAUGUCCAACCUUCUAUCCUCUGUAUUCGGCUCCACGGCUUUGAACUCCCAGCUGACGACAGAGAAGGUUACCGAGGUGCCCGCUUCCAGUCCACAGCCUCCUCCUCAUUUGACCUCAAGACAGGAGACAGAAGGAGAGGAGCGCCCUGCAGUAGACGAAGAGGAAGCGAUAGGUGGUGCUGGGAGUGGCGGUAAACCUGUCAUUGUUGCCACUGGUGAAGGCUGUGGCAGCAGUAGUGCCGGCGAUGGUGACGUAUUGGACCUCAGCAAGCCGGAAUGA